AUGACUGUCCCGGCUGCGUUUAAGUUUCUCCUUCUCGCGGGUCUCCUUGCCGGAGUCUUCGCCCGCGGUAUCAACGUCGAGACCGCACAAGAACCGGAAACUUUUGAAGCCGAGACGGCACAGAACCCAGGAUCGGAAACUAUCGAGUCCAGGCGGAAACUGGCAGAGGCAAAGCUGUUCCACGAGCAGGCCGAAAACGCGGUAUACAAUUACACUACCAACCUCGUCGACAGUAUAAUGGAUGUAACCCAGGGAAAGAUAGAAGUCAGGAAGGGCGUCCACGUAGAGGGAAAAUACUGGUACAGCAAUGGAGUCGAGAAGCGAACGGUCGUCUACGUUGCUGACGAUAAAGGAUACAGAGUAGUCUCGGAUACAGUCGAGCUUCUUGCCCCGGAACCUAAGUUCGACGCUAAUGGACAUAUCUCUGUCCACACGAAUAUUGCCGGUCAAGACUUCUCAUACAGCGUUACCGCGGACGAUAUCGCCCACUACAAAGAGGACGCGGCAAAAAGAGCCCGAGUUUAA